AUGAAACCAAGAUCAAAAGUUUAGAAUGAUACUGGAAUACCAAUAAAACCUAUCACUGAUAUCUAAAUUGGGAAUUAUGUUGUUGAAAAGAAGAAAUUAAUUGGUAGAGGAUAGUAUGGAAUAGUUUAUUAAUGUUAUGAUUAAAGAAAUAAAGAAUUACUCCUUUGUGCUAAAUGUGUAGAUAAAAAAGGAGUUGAUCCUACCUUAUUGAAAAGAGAAAUCGAUAUCUUAAAUUUACUUAAACCACUUUAAAAAGAGAAUGAAAAUCUUGUUGAAUUAGUUGAUAUAAUUGAAGAAACUAAAGAUCAAAAUUUAUAUAUAAUAAUGGAGAAAUGUAAUCAAGGAGAUCUUAAAGGUUUAAUGGAUUAAAAAUAGAAGUAAUAAACUUGGUUUACAGUAAAUGAGGGAGUUGAAAUAAUCAAACAAGUAGUUAAAGGAUAUGAAGCCUUAUUUAAAAUGAAAAUUAUUCAUAGAGACCUUAAACCAGCAAAUAUACUAAUAUCUAAUGAUAUUUAUAAGAUUGCAGAUUUAGGUAUGGGUAGAAUAUUAGAUGAUAUGGUUAAUAUGCAUUUGAUUACUAAAGUUGGUACUCCUGCAUAUGCUGCUCCAUAAUUAUUUUUAGAACCUAAAUUUUCAUCAAAAGCAGAUGUUUAUUCAUUAGGUGUAAUAUUCUAUUAAUUAAUUUAUUUUGAUUUACCUAUUAAGGCAUCUAGUUAAGCUGAAUUAGUAGAAAAUUUAAGAAAUUUAUAAAGUAAUCCAAUUAAAUGUCCAGCUAUUUCUGCUGUAAAAGAAAAUGUUCCAGAAGAUAUUUAAAUCUUAAUAGAAUCAAUGUUAAAAUAUGAAGAAUCAGAUAGAUUAUCUUGGAUGUAAUUAUUUUCAUCACCUAUUUUUUCAUUGAAUAUAACUUAACCAAAAAGGUCUAAUCCAAGAAAGAAUACAUUAACAACUUAGAAUUUAAGUUAUUAUUAGGAAUUUUAUAGAGUAGAUUAAAUUUCUGGAGCUAGUAAAUCUGAUAAAAUUCUACAUUUAAUAAAAAUUUUGAUUACAAAAAGUGAUUUAGCAGCCAAAACUUAUAAAUUAUUAUAGGAUUCAAAGUAUUAAUUUAUAUUUAAUUCUUAGAUUUCAAAAAAACUCAAUUAAAUUUGAUAAUGAUUAAAUGGCUGCCCUUUUGGUUUGUCUCUCUGGAUAUAGAUAUAGAACAAUAAUGAAUGCACUUGGAUUAUUAAUAAAUUAAUAAUCUUCUAUUCUUCCUGAAUUUAAAAAAAGAUUUUCUUAAGGAGAAUUAGCAGAUUUCACAUAAAACUAUAAAUCAGAAAUGACUAAAUUAUUAAAAGAGUACAUAACAAAAAUAUUAAACUAAAUUAUUUUGUAAUUUAGAGUAUUAAAUUUGUAUUUAUUAUAGGAAGAUGAAUGUGUAUUCUUAAGAAAUCCUAAAAGAUCAGAUAACUAAGAAUUCAAAUCAUUAAAAACUAUUUUAGAGGAAGAGGAUAAUCCAGAUUUUACGUUAUUUUCUAAAUCAUUUAGAAAAAUCUAUAUGGGAGCCAUUCAAUUUAUCAAUUGGAAUAGAAAUGAUUAGAAAAAUAAAGAGUAAUAUAAUUUAUAUAUAUAAUAUAGGUUGAUUUCUUAUUUUGAUAAAAUUGGUACAGCAGAUCUAUAAUUUGAUAUUGAUAAAUUGUAUACUACAAAACCAACUGAGAUACUUAAUAGAUCAUAAAAAAUAUAAAACUAAUGA